GAUGUUCGUCGACAUAACCUUGUAAAUGGCGGACGCCAGGUGCUUACAAAUUGUUUUUUUUCAGCUGAAAAGUAGAGACAAUCAAUCAAAAUGUUCUACCACAUAUCUCUGGAACAUGAAAUUCUCCUGCAUCCCAGGUACUUCGGGCCCCAAUUGUUGGACACUGUGAAACAGAAAUUGUAUACAGAAGUCGAGGGCACCUGCACUGGAAAGUAUGGAUUUGUAGUGGCUGUGACGACAAUUGACAAUAUUGGAGCCGGAAUUAUUCAGCCUGGCCAGGGGUUCGUCGUUUAUCCCGUUAAAUACAAGGCCAUCGUCUUCAGGCCGUUCAAGGGAGAAGUUCUGGAUGCCAUCGUCACGCAAGUUAACAAAGUUGGAAUGUUCGCGGAAAUCGGACCCCUUUCCUGUUUUAUCUCCCACCACUCAAUCCCAGCAGACAUGCAGUUUUGCCCGAACGUCAGUCCCCCUUGCUAUAAAUCCAAAGAAGAAGACGUCGUGAUCCAGGCAGAUGACGAGAUCAGAUUGAAAAUCGUGGGAACACGUGUCGACGCUACAGGAAUCUUUGCUAUUGGAACGUUAAUGGACGACUACUUGGGAUUGAACUGCGAAUAAUUGAAUUUCUGGACUUAAAAAUGCAAUUCAUUUUAUUAAUAAAACCAACAAACACGUGAA